AGGAUUAUAUAGAAAUAUGGAUAUCGCUUCCCGCCUUAUAGGACAUGGGUUGAAAAUUUUGCAUCCAAGGCUAUGUGCACCUAUCCGCGUUAAUUUCAAAGAAUUCAGUGUGAGUUGCUCACGGGAUGCGGCAAAUAUCGAAGUCAUGCCUCGGAUCAGCCUCAUGGACGUGCCCACUUCAAUCAGAGUUACUGACUUGACGCCGUUCGCCCUCGUCACCCUCCAAAUGCGCGUCGAAGACUCCCGAGGUUUGAAGUUCACCUCACACGCGCAUUACGCGUGCAAUGAGCGAGGUGCCGUCGACGUAAGCUCGUCUCCAUCUCUGGGCGGGUCGUUCAGAGGAAUCUUCCCUGAAGGCCUCAUCUCUACCCUUGAUCACGGACCAGAAUAUCAAUUCAAGCGCCCAAAUGUGAAGACUGACCAGCCGUGGAAAAUUGUCAUCGGGGCGUAUGAAGGACAUCUGAGAAGCGAGAACUGCACGAGGCCUCUCUGCGAAGUUGAUAUGGAGCGGCAUUUCAGAGGACCUGGCGUGAAGCGCAUAGAGCUUGAGGGACAACUCAAAGGAGCGCUCUACCUGCCUGCCGGUCCAGGUCCUCAUCCCGCUGUUGUUGACAUGUUCGGGGGCUCCAUUCUCUUGGCCGAACAUCGUUCGUCACUGCUCGCCUCGCGAGGAAUCGCCUCACUGAUUCUUUCCCACAUGAGUGUCUUUCCCAGUCUCAGCUUCGAUUUCGAGCACUUGGAACACGCCGUGAAUUUUCUGCUGUCCCAACCUAACGUUAUUCCUGAUAGGUGCGGGGUCGUUGCCAACUGCAUGGCUGGUGCUUAUGGAUGCCUUAUGGGUAUUCACAUUGAUCGAGUGAAGGCUGUGUAUUUACUGAACGCACCAGCCGUUGCAAACUUCUUCAAUAUUCAGAAGAAUGGGCAUUUGUUAGUGAGUGGUUUUGCAGUAGGAUCUCAACAUUUAGUUUUUGAUGAAAAUUUCGUUGCGGAGGCCCAUCCCGAGUACAUAAAGCAGGCAUUCUACAGUGAUCAACGAUCAUGGAUACCCAUCGAACUCACUCCAAGAGACACUUACUACAGUAUCAACGCCGGCGCCGACGACAGCUUUGUGGCCGUAAUUUCGCAAAACAUUUUAAAAUCCCGGCUUGACAAAGUUGGCAAUGAAAAUUAUGUAACUAAGGUUUACGAGGGUUCAGGGCAUAUAAUAGAGCCACCGUAUUUUCCGUUUUUGCGAGUGCUCUUCCAAACACCGUGGCCUAACUGCGGCGAGAAUCACAAAGGUCCUGAACCGAACAAACUGUACCUCAGGUGUGGUGGCAACCCUCGAGACAAUGCUAUCAAUCAAGAAAAGGCUUGGCAAGACAUGAGGAACUUUCUUACUAGACAUGUGCGUGAUAACAGCCCGUGGUAUCAGACCUACAUUAGAGACAACUCAUGUACCGACUGAAAUUUCUUUCAAAUGCCGUACCGGAGUACAAUUUUUAGAUGUGAUCUAUUACUUGAACUGGAGUAGAUAAAUAAUGUUAUAAAACAGUUCAGGUUGAUAAUCAUGCCUGAGAAGUCCUCAAUCUUUGAAUAAGAGUAAGAAAUAUUUUGGAAUCAAUGCUCAUUUUUCAGGCUUCAUAGAGUUUGGAUAACUUCUUCACAACUUUCUAACAGAGGCUUUGAGUUACCUACCCGAGAGUAGCUUAACUUGACCCAGACGCAUACGCAGGUGCUUCACGGGGCGAUUAGUCGCGUCGAUUAGUCGAGUCAACUACAGUUUUGGCGUCUGAGAGCCUAAACAUGAGGAUAGUGUUUAUUUGGUAACAGUCCGCCGCAGCCAGUGCGAUGUUGGGAGUUGUCGAGUGUGUGUAUGAUGGAAGCAUGCGAGAGCGCCACAGUUGUGUGCACUACAGCGACAAAGAGACAAGCAAAAGAGAGAGCGACGUAAUUCUGCUCAUUACUAAAGGCCGAGGCGAUGACACACUUGACUGACUCGCGUCUCGACUGGCUCACAAGGUGCUUAUAUAUCGCCCCGUGUACUGAUGUGCUUUGGAUGCAAUGCAACAGCUAGUCGCGUCUGCAUGAAGACGUUAAUCAUCACAAAUAUUUGGAGAGUCGACUCAAAUAAUUGACGCAACUGGUCACCUCGUGUAUGAGCACCUGUCAUUCAGGAAUUGGUGUCGCUUUUACGUAGCCGCUCCUUAUGCUUUACGUAGCCGUUAAUGAUUUAACUUCUACCUUAUAAAUGAUAAAUUAACAUUUGAAUUGACUAAUUAUUUACAUAUUACAAAGCAUUAUUGUAAAUGAUUAUGAGAGUAGAAUGCGAAAUCUAUUCUGAUACAUGGUUGCAUGUUAAUUUGUUUAUCUUAACACAACAGAAAUGCGAAAAGGUGAUUGCUCUCCGUAACAUCGCAUGGAGAAUGAGAGUGGUUGUUUGGCGCAAUCAUGAUCCAUUCUCCGUCGUUGAUGGAUGAGUUUCAUUUUUAAACUAACUUCUUUAUACCAAAGCUCAUAAGUAAUGUCACUACUCGUCAUUAAGUUAACACCGUUGUUCAAAAAUAAGUGGUUCUUUCUUUUAUAGCCACUUACAUUAUAUAAUGUUGUGCUUAGCUUUUAUUAGUUUUAAUCCAUCAGUGAACAUGAGCAAGUUGAAUGCAAAGCUUGAAGUUGAAUGUUUCCUUGAAAUUUGCAUAUAAUUAGAAUGCAUUUUCUCACUCCGCUCCCUAAAGGCUGCCCUUUACUGAUCGCAUUAUUCGAUCCAAGUGCUUUAAUAACUGUGCUCAACUGAAUGGACGUUAAUUCACAAUGCUUGACAAUCCGGGCGCAUGUAGAACAUCUGACAAGCAACACCUACAUCGCGCCACCGUGGCUAUAGGUGCUUAUAAAGCCACACUCCAGGCUAUAUUUAAGUACGCGUUCUUUGCAAUCAUAUUAUAUUGUAAUGGAGAUAUUCUGCCUAUGAAUAUAAUAUAGGGGCUUAACCGCCUAUCGUUACUAAGUAAGGUGUUUUCGGGUGAAGAUGUCGAUUAUACUAAUAUUACAGCAUUAUUGGGGCACGCUUCUGAUCUUGAAUGAUGUGGCGGUAUUGCUAGCUUCAGCCUCCAAAUAAAAUGUUUUACGUCCUGCUACAGAAUCAGAUCACAUAAAAAUCUCACGCUUCUGAUAAUGAAUUGUAAGCCGUAAAGGGCUUCCGUAAGCCAUGAAACCUUCUCCUUUUUAAUAAGAGAGUUGAAUCAGAAAGAUUCUCAGAAAGAAUUAUUUGACGUAAUAGAUAGAAUACGUUCAGUGACUCGGUGAUAAUGGUAUCCAGAAUGGUUAAAAAAAUAUCUACUUAAAACCUCAUCUGUUGUUUGAAACAAUAUUCAAAUGCUUAUUAGCUUCACAAUUCAAAUGAUUUCAAUGGGUUGUUCAUCUCAAGUUAAUGAUUUUUAAAUUAGGCAUUGAUUUCGUUUUUCAUAGCACUUUAAUAUGUUAGCUGUAAUCAUCGAAUCACAAAGGAUGGCCUCAUUGCUGCAUGAUAGCAGCAAUGAGGCCAUGCUGAUAGGCUGUAGAUUUUCUUAUCUGAUAGCCAGAUGUGUUACUGAUAGGCGUGACGCUGCAGCGAGUUGCAUGCCAGUUGCUUGGGCCUCAUGUUAUUUACGUUUAUCAACUGAGCUUCAAUACCAUAAAUAUCAACUGGGCAUUAACUGAAUGAAUCUACGACCGGAUUUCAUCGACGUUAGGUAGAAUGGACACAAACUAGAGAUAACAUACCCACAUGAAUAUUGUAACCUUGGUCUUGUUACGGCAAUUUCAGUUGCCGUAACAAGACCAAGAAUUGUAUUGAAAAAUAUGGAGCUCAAUUUUGAAAAGUUUCCCGUAAAAGCAGAGAUAACAAGAUAGAUAACUCUUUGCAUUUCCACAUAUGCGCACAAAUUAACGCUUUGGCUUUCACAUCUUUCAGCCUGAUUCGACUUGACGUAUCUGAGUUGAAAAUAUGCGAAUAAUUUUUAUUUACUUUGCAACGCAUUAACAUACAUCGGAGUGAUACUUAAAUCCCUAACAAAAUAUUCUAUAGCCUUAAUUUGUUAAAAAGGCUCAACUCGACGAUCGGUUAUUUUAUUUCCCUACCUUUUACCUAACCAUUCUCAUCUCCAACGAUGUCAUUAAAUGUUUUUCGCUAUAUUUUGUGCCCCUUGAUUUCGGAGGUCGGGAUGUGGCCUUGAAAUGUGGGCCCCUUAUGACCAAACUUUCACACUAGUUAUAUGAUCAAUAACAAACAUAUUAUUAGACAAAUAAUUGAGUUGCCGGGCAAGUAUAAUUUUUCUCUAUUUUGGACCAAAAUUGGCUUCGUUAGUGAUUGAAAAAUGAAGCAGGGGCGCACUUGUAAUAAUUAAGCUCGAAUAGAGCCGUAAUAGAGUAUAUUUUGUUUGUCCAACUGAAGCUCUAUAUUCCCCAGGAAUUUAAAAGUAAAGAAAAUA